UUCAAUUGAAUUUGCAAAAUACCGGAUAACUUCGGGAAAACGCUAUUAGUGAAUGGACAGUGCCAAGCUGCAGAUGUUUUUGAAUGACCCACCCCGAUGAUCUCUCAUUUUUAGCUAAAUAUUAAGGGUGUGGGGAAGGCCGGUGUCAACCAUGUCUGCCUCAUCAUGGAAGGAGAUCUCUCUGCUUACUGGGCUGGUGAUGGUUUGUUAUUGGAACAGUUGGUUUUGUGGUUUUGUUUUUGAUGACGUUUCUGCCAUUUUGGAUAACAAAGACCUGCGACCAUCAACACCUCUACAGAACCUCUUUCGAAAUGACUUCUGGGGGACACCCAUGUCAGAGGAGAGGAGUCAUAAAUCCUACAGACCACUCACUGUUUUGACAUUUCGACUGAACUACGUGUUCAGCGAAUUAAACGCAGCAUAUUAUCACCUAUUGAACGUGGUGCUCCAUGCAGUGGUGUGUGUUCUCUUCAGACGGGUCUGCAGUCUCUUCCUGGAUCGCACCUCAAGUCUGGGUGCAGCAUUGAUGUUUGCGGUUCAUCCCAUCCACACAGAAGCUGUCACUGGUGUGGUGGGUCGAGCUGAGCUGUUGUCUUCUAUAUUUCUACUGGCAGCAUUUUUAGCCUACACUAAAUCUAACAGCACUGAUAAUUCCAUUGUGUGGUUCCCUAUUGUGGUCACGAUUGUCUUGGUAGCUGCUGCUACCCUUUGCAAAGAACAGGGGAUCACGGUCGUUGGGAUCUGCUGUGUUUAUGAGGUCUUCGUCGCACAAGGGUACACCUUGCCUGCCCUGAUGGACACAGCUCUUCAGAUACUACGAGGCAAACAGAUGUUGCCAUACGGCAUGCUGCAGACUCUGCUCAAACUCAUCGUCCUGGUCAUCAGCACCCUGCUGCUGGUCAUCGUCAGGGUUCAGGUCAUUCAGUCGCAGCUGCCCGUUUUCACCAGGUUUGAUAACCCAGCUGCUGUCAGCCCUACACCAGCCAGACAGCUGACCUUCAACUAUCUUCUACCAGUCAAUGCCUGGCUUCUGCUUAAUCCAUCUGAGCUCUGCUGUGAUUGGACCAUGGGCACUAUUCCCCUGGUUGAGACACCGCUUGAUGUUCGCAAUUUGGCAACAGUAGUUUUCUACUCUCUUUUGGCUAUGCUUGUCUACCAGUGCCUCAGACAUUCUCACAGCUCCACAAAAACUGUUAUAAUGGCUUUGUCCAUGAUCGUCCUCCCUUUCAUCCCAGCAUCCAACCUCUUCUUUCCUGUGGGAUUUGUCGUUGCCGAGAGGGUGCUGUACGUGCCCAGCAUGGGAUUUUGCAUCUUAGUUGCACAUGGAUUCAAAACGGUCUCAAGUCAAAGGGGAUUCAAGAAAAUAUCUUGGUUCUUGAUGGGCCUGCUCCUUUUAACACAUGCCAUGAAGACAUUCAACAGGAACUGGGACUGGGAAUCAGAGUACACGUUAUUUACAUCUGCAUUGAAGGUGAACAAGAACAAUGCCAAGCUUUGGAACAAUGUGGGACAUGCUUUGGAAAAUCAGAACAGAUAUGAAAAAGCUCUAAGAUACUUCCUUCAGGCUACUCGAGUACAGCCAGAUGACAUCGGUGCCCACAUGAAUGUGGGGAGAACUUACAAAAACCUAAACCUCUCCAAGGAAGCUGAAGACUCAUACAUGGUUGCCAAAUCUCUGAUGCCACAGAUCAUUCCAGGGAAGAAAUAUGCUACCCGCGUUGCACCCAACCACCUGAAUGUCUAUAUAAACCUUGCUAACUUAAUUCGGACAAACGAAUCACGGCUGGAGGAGGCUGACCAGCUCUAUCGGCAAGCCAUUAGUAUGAGACCAGAUUUCAAGCAAGCUUAUAUAAGCAGGGGUGAGCUUUUAUUGAAGAUGAACAAACCUGAAGAGGCAAAGGAUGCCUAUCUUCGGGCCCUGGAGUUGGACCACGGCAACGCAGACCUCUGGUACAACUUGGCCAUCGUCCACAUCGAGAUGAAGCAGCACUCGGAGGCCCUCAGGAGCUUCAACCAGGCUCUUCAGCUCAACCCCAAGCACAAGCUGGCUCUCUUCAAUUCAGCUCUACUCAUGCAGGAGUCUGGUGAUGCAAGACUACGCCCAGAGGCCAACCGCCGUUUCCUCACGUACAUAGAGGAAGAGCCCAGUGACGCCAACGGCUACUUCAACCUGGGCAUGCUGGCCAUGGACGCCAACGAGAAUGAAGCGGCGGAGCGCUGGAUGCACAAAGCCAUACGCCUGCAAGCCAACUUCAGAAGCGCUCUGUUUAACCUGGCCCUGCUCUACUCCCAGACACAGCGGGAACUCGAUGCCCUUCCCGUGCUGGAAGAGCUGUUGCAGUACUACCCAGAGCACAUCAAAGGUCUCAUUUUGAAGGGGGACAUUCUCAUGAACCACAAGAAAGACACGCAGGGAGCCAAGGCCUGCUUCCAGCGCAUCUUGAGCAUGGACCCCAAAAAUGUGCAGGGCAAGCACAACCUCUGCGUGGUCUACUUUGAGGAGCGGGACCUGUUUAAGGCAGAGCAGUGCCUGGAGGAGACUCUGGCCAUGGCACCUCACGAGGAGUACGUCCGCAGGCACCUGAAUAUUGUGCGCAGUAAGAUGGCAGCCAUAGCUGCCUCGGGAAAAAUUAUUUCGCCACCGGCGACAACAGAGGGCGCUAGUUCCUCAGGGACGCUGGGCGCCCAGAGCGCGCGGGAAGAAAAGCAGCUUGAGGGCCAGGAGGGUUCUGAGCAGCAGGGGGGGGAGGGGAGCAGCAAGAAUGUGCAGAAAUCCUCCUCCCCUGUAGAAAGGUCCGACGACGGCCAGAGGGGCAGCCAAUCAGAGGAGCUGGUGCGGAGCCAGCCCGACAAGCGGACUAGGAACAAAUCCACAAAAGAGAUUAAAGACAUUGAAAAAAAAAGGGCGGCUGCGUUGAAAAGACUGGAAGAGAUUGAGCGCAUAUUAAGCAGCGAUUAACCUUGUUUUUGUCUGGUGUCACAGGAUACUUUUAAUAGAACAGUUUAAAGAUCAAAGGCCAGUCCAUUUUCAAGACAAGUCCUUGUUUGGCUUUGUGUAUCUGAUUAACUACACUUACACAUUUUCUUCCCAGCUACAGGUCAAUAAUGUGGAAGCAAGGGUACAGUCGAUUUGUUGACUGCAAAAGCUCACGUCGUUCACUAAGACGAUCCUACUGUAGUCCUGCUUUGAAUUCAUGUUAAUUUAUGAGUACAAAUUUGUUUUAUCACUGGAUUUUUUUUUACCCACUGGUCUAAUCUUGACCCAAAGCCUAUUAACUUUCUUGUAAUGGAUAGGGGAGUUCUUGGAGGUACGAUGCAGUACUGAUGAUUUAGGUGUGUGUGUGUGUGUGUGUGUGUGUGUGUGUGUGUGUGUGUGUGUGUGUGUGUGUGUGUGUGUGUGUGUGUGUGUGUGUGUGUGUGUGUGUGUGUGUGUGUGUGUGUGUGUGUGUAGGCUUUCUUGGGGGAGGGGGGGACCCUUGUACUCUAAUCUUGCUAAACUGCUACAGCAUUUGCUUGACUCUUGUUUUUCUUCUGUUAUAACUAUGUUACCAAUUUGGUCACUGUCCACUACAUUACAAUCCAAGCCUCAGUAUUCCCCCAAAAAACGGUACUGCAGCUUUAUCUUUUUUUUUUCUUUUUUUUUUUUUUACUUUUUGGCAUUUCCUUUCCAUUUUAGCAGAAUGUCUGAACAUGAACAUCAAGAAGUCUAACUUGAACAUUAGAUACGACUGUGAAAAUGUAUUUCUAUCAAGGAAUCUGUCUUUAUGUUUGUUGAUAACAAAAUUGUCAUGAGUAUCAGCAGAAUAUUGAUCAGUUUUCAUGUCAUCAAUUUUAAAUCAUGUCUCUUAAUAUUUGCACUUCCACUAAUAAAGCCUCUCCAACAAUG